GUCAAAGGAAAUGCCAGUUCGUGAAUUAUAACGGCUGCAAUUAGUCAUUUUUCGAAAUAAAAUAAUUCUCAAUUAAAGUACACACCUGCAAUUCUAUCGCGUUCUUUUGUUUGAGAGAGUGUGUGCAGAAACGUAGCGUUAUGCGUUAGCAGGAGGGAGAUUGGUACAGAAAAAGAGUGCGGUACAUGGAAUGAACAAUGCGGUGGAAAGGGAAGGGAUACGAGACAGAGAAUCAGAGAGAGGAAUAGGGAAGUAACAAUUGACACAACGGUCCAGAGAGAGUCAGUAGGAUGAAUAUGGCGGCAACAGAAGAGGUCAACAAAAAAUCACCGAUCUAAUUGGAAACUCCGGACGGGUAUUCCCCAACGCCCCCACCACGCUGCUUACGCGCGACAGGUCGGCCUUCUCCAUAGUAUCUCAGCCACUUGCCGGCAGUUGUCGUUUAUACCUCGGCAAGCGCUGGUCAGCGACGUUGGGUUGCAGAUACGUGGAGGGUCAGGACAGUUGCAUUGAUUCCCAACGUAGAUCGAAUUAUAACGAGUUAAUUUGUUGCAAAAACUCAACUUUCGACGUAACCCAUAAAUAUGGCGUGUCAAGCUCUUGGACGGUGCCGCAUCUGCGCUCGCAAGCACAAAAUUGCCAUCUACGGAAGCGAAGAGAGGCAGCAUAUCCUCAUUGAGAAAGCCAACCUGAAGCUCAUUAUUUUGAACACCGUAUGCGCAGUCUGCAUUGCGAAAAUCGAACGAUUGAUAAAGAAGAUAGAUCCGGAUCCGAAUUUCAGCGACGGCAUCGAGCAUCAGGACAACUGCGAGACAAAGCCUAAUGUAAACUUGCAGUUGCCACAAGAAGGACCUCGGGAAAGUAGCGAAAAGGUGAAUGAGAACAGUGAGAAAUCUGCGUCUAUCAGAUCGACAGCGAAGGAAGCCGCAUCUCCGUCCCAUGCCGAGCCGAAGUCUGAAGCGUUUGAGGGUUCGUCCGUAAUAUGUGAUGCAUGCGUAUCGUCUGAAGUCAGAAAUAUCCGUCACGCGAGUCCUCAAUGGUCCCGGGAUUUCCCGUCGGCGCUAAGUCCGUCUCUUCGUCCUUCCGACGAACACCGGCGAUCAGGGGGUUCACAAGGAACGAAAAGAGUGGUAAUCCCAUGUUGCAAACGCCUUAGAAAUGACCAUUCAGAUAUUGGCGACAUGGCUGAUGAAACAAUUACUCCGGAAAAGUCACGGAAUGCAUCAAGAACACCCGCGAGUACCGACGAGGGGAAAGUGAACAGUUUAUCGCCGGCUGGACCUCCCGCGUGUGCGAUUACCGUCAAAGUUCGCGGCUCGGACGCUAGUCUGUUGAGCGCCAAAAGGCCGGGCCGUUUCUUGUGGUGUGAAUUUUGUCAGAAGAGGUUUACACAUGCAGGCGACCUGAACAAACAUCGCCGGAAGCACACAGGGGAAAAACCGUACGAGUGUAAUCAGUGCCGACGGAAGUUUGCGCACGCUUCGAACUUGGUGAGGCAUCAACGUGUUCAUUCCGGCGAGAGACCGUUCGUCUGCACCGGAUGCAACCGAACAUUUACCAGGCGAGAUAAACUGACCGUCCAUGUUGCAGCGGGACGCUGCUAGGCGCCACGAACUAUCUGAGUGGAUAAUUUACAGGUUAGUUUUGCAAUCCCCGCCGCGUUAUCGAACGAUCUGAAUGGAGGAUUUAUAGAUUUUAGU